AUGGGCUGGGUCAACACGUCUCCCCUCCUCUGUUGUCACGUAGCAGGAGGUCCAGUCGUUACUAGGGGCGUGGAAUCAAUGUGUAAAAAGGGGACCUCGCAGUUGCGUAUAUUGUGCGAUGCGAAACGUGGGCGAGCUAUUAACGUUGUCAAUUUAAUGCUGAGAAUAUUCACCUGGACAUUCAAUCAGCAUUACAACACUACGUUGAAGAUUCAUCGCCUCUGAAAGCCGUAUGAGACACUCGCGCCGGUAACCUGCAGAAAGCGCCACAGCAGGCGAAGCUCCCACCACAUCGGAUGAGACAGCCUGCAUAGCCGCUAGUCAUUUGGCGGCAACAGGGCUAUAUAAGACGUAGGCGAGGGAUGCAAGAUUGGAUGUGCAGACUGACAUCGUUCCUUUGAUAKCCCCAUGCUGGAGAAUUGCGUAACCGAGCGGGUGCUGCAGGUCUUCCGUCCCCACUCCGCCUUAGUGUCCGGAACAACCAUAUGGCAUUCAUCUAGAAACGUCAGUGAUUCAAAAGUGAAAUCGCCAUGGAAUCGGGUACCGAGCACGAUGGAUUUAAAUAUCCAUCUGUUCCCAAUUCACAAUGUGAUCUCAACAUAAAUAUUUAUGAGACCAUCAGCGACGGAAACAUCAAUAAUAUGGGCACUUCGACAGUCGUGAGAGGUGGGAGCGACCCAAGUUCGUAUCCUCCAUCGAAUUAUCAGCUGAUAGUACGUCAAAGAUUCAUCAGGAGAAGUUUGUGGUUCUCGGACUCGGAUGAACAGGCCUUUGAGGUGCCAGAAUGUGACAACAGCAGUAAAAUCCUCAACAUAAACCUGCGCACGAUAGUUGACAGGACACGGGGGGCUUGGUCGGGGCCACAGGAGGGCUCCAGCACCGAGAGUCAAGGGGGGCAGAAAGACAGCGCCACAGAGAGUGCCAGCGCUGAUGAGAAGGAGAAAGCUGGGGAUACAUUGAACGUUGCAUCCACCGACGGCAGUAAAAAUGCUAUCAGAACUGCCAGCGAUGAGAACGAGGAAGAGGCCGAAAUGAAAGCUGUUUCCACAUCCCCUGGGGGACGGUUUCUCAAGUUUGAUAUUGAGCUCGGGAGAGGGUCCUUCAAGACUGUCUAUAAAGGMCUGGAUACCGACACUUGGGUGGAAGUUGCCUGGUGUGAACUUCAGGACCGUAAGCUGACCAAAGUAGAGCGUCAGCGGUUUAAGGAGGAGGCAGAGAUGCUGAAGGGGCUGCAGCACCCCAACAURGUCCGCUUCUACGACUUUUGGGAGUCACCCCUCAAAGGGAAGAAGUGCAUCGUCCUGGUAACGGAGCUCAUGACCUCAGGCACGCUCAAAACGUAUCUGAAGCGCUUCAAGGUAAUGAAGCCCAAGGUUCUGAGGAGCUGGUGUAGGCAGAUCCUGAAGGGCCUUCACUUCCUCCACACCAGGGCCCCUCCCAUCAUCCACAGAGACCUGAAGUGUGACAACAUCUUCAUCACGGGCCCCACCGGCUCCGUCAAGAUAGGAGACCUGGGGUUGGCCACGCUCAAGAGGGCCUCCUUCGCCAAGAGUGUCAUAGGCACCCCAGAGUUCAUGGCCCCAGAGAUGUAUGAGGAGCACUAUGAUGAGUCAGUGGAUGUCUAUGCCUUUGGGAUGUGCAUGUUGGAGAUGGCCACCUCAGAGUACCCGUACUCGGAGUGCCAGAACGCUGCACAGAUCUACCGCAAAGUCACCAGCGGGGUGAAGCCUGCCAGCUACAACAAGGUUGUGGAUCCUGAAAUCAAGGAGAUUAUUGGCGAGUGCAUCUGCCAGAAGAAAGAGGAGCGGUACUCCAUAAAGGACCUGCUGAACCACGCCUUCUUUGCGGAGGACACAGGGGUGCGGGUGGAGCUGGCCGAGGAGGAUGAUGGGAAGAAGGCGGCCAUCGCCCUGAAGCUGUGGGUGGAAGACCCAAAGAAGCUGAAGGGAAAAUACAAGGAGAGCGGAGCCAUUGAGUUUACCUUUGAACUGGAAAAAGAGAGCUCGGAGGGCGUGGCCCAAGAGAUGGUGGAAUCAGGGUUCUUCCAUGAGAGUGAUGCUAAGAUCGUGGGGAAGUCGAUCCGGGACCGCGUAGCACUGAUUAAAUGGAGGCGGGAGAGGACCGUGUCGGCCCGACUCCCAGUGAACCAGGGAGAGGCAGGACUCAGGGCCCAGGCCACCCUAGCCCAGGGGACCUCUGCUGGGGCUACACGGGCAGGACAGCCCUCUUUGAUUGAGGCCAACGAGCCAGAGGCAGACCAGCACGCCAGGCUAUGUAACCCUCCGGCCAGCGCAACCUCUGUCACAUCAGACAGCACCUUUGACAGCGGCCUGGGCUCCACUGUGUUUUCUGACUCCCACAGCAGCCAGCACAAUGUCCUCUACCAGUCCCAAGUGGAGUCCGUCACCAUGUCAACGCAGCAGCGUCAGUGUUUGGCUUCAGCACGUCCCCGGUCCUGUGAACGGGGCGAGGGGUGGAAAGCAGCCCUGGGGCCGGAGUUCCGAGUGGGUGCAGGGACACGGAGAGGGAGUGCCUCGGUCAUUGACACUCUGAGGGGCAACAACGACAUCCCUCUUCAUAUGCUCCUGCAACCUAUUACCUCUGGGUCCUGCAGCCAACAGAGAGCUUCCAGUCCCGCCCCCACAUCACCAGACGACCAGUCAGAGAGCAGCCCCUCUGAGUCCCGCUCUGAGGACGGCUUCCCUUCCCCGAGUGCAUUUCCUACCCCCAUCCUCCUGGCCCCCCCAUCCCCCACGUACUCUGAGGCCCGACGUCAUAGUGACUCUUCUAUAGAAUCUCCGACGUUGGAAGCCACCAAUGGAAGCAGGUUGAAGUCAGUGGAGGCAGCAGUGGGGCGGAGGCACUCGGACCUUAGCACGCUGCAGAGCCUAAACUCUGCCCUUCAACACCACCAUCAUCACCAAGGCGCGCCCAGAAACCACCUGUGCCAGGCCUGCCUCUCUCUGCUGCUGCUGAAGUCACGAGAGGGGGGGCACAAGAAGCACACUGCUUUUCCCUUUCCACCACACCCUUGUGCUUGCCCCCACCGGCACCACCACUUCUCCAGUGGGAUGACAACAACUGCAGGGUCAGGAGGGAUGAAAGGUCCAAGUCAUACAGGAAGUGACUUCUCUGACCUCUCCUUACUACAAAAGAACCUGAUGAACAUCAUCAGCCGUAAAACCACCCCAUCCAACCAGGGCCAAGCCUCCCUCCUCCACCUGCCUGCAGCCCAGCAGCCUGUACGGAGCUAUGGGGAUGGUAGUCUGAAGUUAACCCAGAGAGGCAGCUUCAGUGGUGACCACACAGCACCCCCCCUAGCCAGGCCCACACAGGACCACAAGGCCAGCUACUGUGCUGGGGAGCACCAAGCCACCGGGCCUCCGGGAGUGCCCAGUGCUGUGCAUGCAUUGCUCCAGAACCAGUCAUCUCUCCAGGGCCAGCCUGCCUCUGCCCCAUCCCUGUACACGCCCCUGCAGUACCUCCAGCCUGGCCACAGCUAUCCCGCCAGUCCCCUGGCAGCCCAACAGACACCUACCGCAGCCGGCUACUCAGCUGCAGCUCUACAACACAGCCCAGCCUCAGCAACUUACUCAGCAUCAAACAUUCCUCUGCAACAUAACCAUACUGYACAUAGCUACCCAGCUCCAGCUCUGCAAAAGAUAGCAACAGCAGCAAGUCAUUCAACUGCAAAUGUACCACUUCAACAGCCUGCAGCAAGCUUUUCAGCAGCUACCCUGCCCCUGCAACAGCCACACACUGCAGCAACUAUGCCAAUCCAACAGACACCAACUCCACAGAGCUACGUUGCCCCAACUCAGCAACAAAUUACUCAAACUGCUGCAAGCUACCCAGGUCCAAUUCUGCAACAGACCCCAACAGCAGCAAGCUUCUCAGCAGCAGUAGCCAUGCCUGUCCAACAUACUGUAUUGGCAGCUAGCAUAGGAACUGCAACAAUACCCUCACAACCAGCUGCACAGAGUUACCCAGCUCCAGUGGAGCGUCUGCGACAUCCCGCUCCCCCACAGAGCUAUGCAUCUGUAGCCCCAACUGUGGUCCACACCGUACAUAUACCCAGUCUCCCUACUCAGGCUCCCAAUGUCGCAACACAGCCUCCAGCUGCUGCUGCGCUUCCCCCAGUCCAGCCUUGCCCAGCGCCACACAGCCUCCCAGCCACAGCCAUGCCUCUCAGUCUGCAGCCAGGCCAGUCUAGUCCCAUGCAUCACAGCCAACAGACUGUGCCGGUCCCCAUUCAACAGCAACAUAGCCAGCCAAUGCACCAGCCCUCAGCACAACACAGCCAACAGCCUGUGCAGGCCUCCAUUCAGCAGCACAACCAGCAAACUGUGCAGGUCCCACUACCCAAAAACAGCCAGACAAUGGCCCAGCCCACUGUCCAACAGGCUCCAGUCGUCCAGAGCUAUCAGUCACCUGCCCAUGCUGUGCAGCAAGGUUCAACCCUCCAGAGUUACCCCAACGCUGCACCCCUAAUGGGGCAACCGAACGCUGCUUCACAGAGCUACCCACCCACAGCCCCACACAUAAAACAACAGGCUGCACCGGUACAAGGCUACACGCCAACGAAACCCAGUGCGAUGGGUCAGGCCUAUCCAUCUGCUCUGACUCCACAGCAGGCUGCAGCCCCUCAGACCUACCCAGUGGCCCCCAUAGUGCAACAACAGACUGGGACUGCCACUCCACAGCACAGCCAGGCCCAGGCAGCUACACUACCACUAGGCCAACAGAAUUUUCCUGCUGCUCAAAGCCUUUCCCAGCUCCACCAAUCAUCAUCUAGUCUGCCUUCCCAGGCAUCGCCGCCUCAGCAGCUAUUGGCUCAGGCCUCUGUCCCUCAGCAGCUGCAGCCACUGCAGAUCUCCACCUCUCUGCCACCAACACACCUUCCCCAGUUCUCCUCACCGUAUCCCAACAUUCAAGUGGUGACCUCUCUGACUGGAUGUGACAUCUACCCUCACCCCUGCUCUGUUCCCCAGUCCUACCCCUCCUCUCUGCCCCCUCUCUACCUCUCCCCAGGCCAGCCUGCCACUCUGCCCCCCUCUGUCUCGCCCCUUGCCCCCCUGCAUAUAGGGAACGCUCUGGUGCCACCCACCUCUGUGUCCUUGAUACCCUCACCCACAACCCUGCUGGCCAUGGCAACACCCACACUGCCACAGCACCUGCAGAUGUACCCUGCUGUUUUGCAACAGAGUGUUAUGACACACACACACCCUCACACACAGCUCCCCACUCUCACACACCCGGUUCACUCACACCUUGCCUCACUGCCUGGACAACAGAACACAAAACCGCAGAAUACACACCACAUGCACCCAAACCCUGCUGCUGUACGCCUACCUUUUCAACACGUCACACACCCUACAUACUCACACCCUACUGCUGCACCUGAACUUGCUCUGCCCAGCUUUCUGCCCUUAAGACAGCAGGUCCAGCAGCAGGCCAAGGCCCAGCUUCCAGAUGCCGUCCCCUUUGCACAGGCUAAUCAGCCUUCCCAGCCUGCAGUUUUCUCCCCUCCAAUACAGACUGUGCCGGACCCUGGCACAGGUACUGCCGCAACCCAGCUUGACCUCAUCCAGAACCCCAGCCAAACCCAGUCCCAGCAUCAGGCCCAAGGCCAGAGCCAACCACAGGCUCCAGCUCCACUACCCCCUGACUCCCAGACAGCAGCCCCUUGGCCUGCCAGCACCAGCCUGACUCAGCAGAACCAGGCCAGUGCCAGCAGCUGCUCAGGGACCACACUCACCUCGGGACAGGCUCAAACAGAGUCCAAUCUGGAGGAUCCUGGUGCAGAGAAGCAGGCUUCAGGGGCCAGCUACUCCUACGACAGUGUGAACUCCGACGCCACCUCAGGGAAGGAGAUGAGCGACGGUAACGAGGGGACGCACGGAUCAGGGAAGGGCGAGGGGAAGGUCCGGAAACACCACCGCCGCUCCACGCGCACCCGCUCACGCCAGGACAAGAUCAACAAGCCCAAACUCAGCAUGCUCAAUGUGUGUUAUACAGGGGAUAAGAUGGUGGAGUGUCAGCUGGAGACACACAACCACAAGAUGGUUACCUUCAAGUUCGACCUGGACGGAGACGCACCUGAGGAGAUAGCCACUUACAUGGUGGAGAACGACUUCAUCCUGCUCCUGGAGAAGGAGAUGUUUAUAGAGCAGUUAAAGGAUAUUGUGGACAAGGCUGAGGACAUGCUGAGUGAGGACACGGAGGGGGAAAGGAUCUCUGACCACGUGGGCAGUCCCCAGCAGAGCCACGGAGCAGUCAUACUGGGGGGAGAGGGUUCAAAGACGGCUACACCUAAUUCACCACAACUUGUGUACCAGCAGAACGUCCUCCACACUGGGAAGCGCUGGUUCAUCAUCUGCCCCGUGGCCGAGACGCCCACGCCAGACAGAGAGAGGACUUCAUCAGACACCUCUACAACCAAGGAGGCUCCUGUCACAUCAUUGUCUAGGUCCAGUUGCAGUACUACUCCGCCAGUGUCUGCCCCAACUCCUGUUCUUGCCCUGACCACCACAUCCCCUACUCCAGGCCCCUCUGCACCUCAAAGCUCUGCCCAGUCUCAGGACACCAAUGUGGGCAAGGCCAGAGUUCAGCAGCCCCAGGCCUCUGGAACCAAACCCUCCACCACCAGUGCUACGGCUGCUGCCAUGGGCCGCCGCAACUCUCUUUCAGGCAGCGAACCCUGCAUCUCCAUGGUAACAGACAUCCCAUGCUGCCCCAUCGGCCCACCUGUGUCCCUGGAUGUGAAUGGGGCGGGACAUAAAGGGAUGAGUGGCACUUCCUCAUGUCUACCCAAUCAGGAGGCCAGCCUGUCAGGAGACCCGCCCCCUCCCCUGGGCUCCCACCAGCCAGUGGUCCUGCAGCAGCCCUAUGCCAUGCAAAGCAUGGUGGGUGGAGGAGGUGGAGCCACAACACCAUCACAGCCCCAGAGUCCCGCCCACCAGGCGUCCCAGCAGCAGGAUGGACCUGGGGGGUCUGGGAGUGGAGGUGGUUGCGGCCUGGGGGAGUCUGAUGGAGAGGGCCCACCCAGGGUAGAGUUUGUGGACCGUACCAUCAAGACUCUGGAUGAGAAGCUGAGGAACCUGCUGUACCAGGAGUACACCCAAUCUGCUCCUUCCAGCACCGCCUCAGACCUCCAGGGCUCCAUCACAGAGGGGGUCAGCUCUCCCCCUGUCUCUGACUGCCAGACCACCUCUGGGGGGGGGCUCCCCAGGAAGGGAGAGGUGCUGCCUCAGAUUCCUGAGCGUACUGAUAGUUUGGGUACACUGAGUGACUCCGCAGGAUUGUUGAYUAGGAGAGACUGUGUGGGCAGUUCCAGUUCCUACGUCUCCAAGAGCCGCUUUCAGAUCAUCCCCACUCCUCCGGACGUCAUCCGUCGUUUAGAGAACAGCAGAAGUGGCAGCUCRCCGGCUCCCUCUAGUGGUUUGGUGGGCUCUCGCGCCGCAGCCGAGGGGGGCGGCCCACGAGACCAGGGGUGUAUGGUCGUGGGUAGGUUCUCAGUGAUGACCACUGAAGAGGGUGCGGAAAACGCGCCCAAACCCCCUUGUAGUAACCGCUACUCAGCCCCCCCAGACUUGUACCAGGACACCACCGCCUCUAGCCCCAACGCCACCCCCAGCCUGCGCCCACGUGCCCACACUGCUGACGCUGCCACCAACCACUCCUUUCACUUCGACUCUGACUCGGGGGAGGAGGACACCAGUAGUUUAGCCCCUCCCCUUGCCUACCACAAGACUCCGGCUCAUGCCCUCCCGGAACACAGCGGAAGUGACCUCAUGAAGAGGGCGGUGGCCUUCCUGCGCCGCACUCGCCGCAGCAGUGUGCAGAGCUCGGAUUCGCCGAGCCGGCAAUGCGUGGUAGCUAAUGGCCACGCCAUCUCGCCGCCUGGACCCGGCCAUGUAUCAUACGUCAGCAGUGACAACGACUCUGAGUUUGAGGAUGCGGACAUGAGGAAGGAGCUGCAGAGGCUGAGGGAGAAACACAUGAAGGAGAUCUCUGAGCUGCAGGCGUUCCAGAGGAGUGAGAUAGAGCGUCUGUAUAAAGAGCUGGGGAAAGCACUGCCGCCUGGUGUAGGCCAGCUGCACGCUGCGCCCCCUAGUGGCCGCAGACGCAAGGUCAGCAAACACAAGCUGAAGGCAGGCAAGCUGCUCAACCCCAUGGUGCAGCAGCUGAAAAACAGCCUGAAUACCACCACCACUGUAUUUCUCUCUGAAGGUGAGAGCGCACCGAGCUCGUCUGGCUCUCCAGCUAAGAGCUCCAUUGUGUCUGACGGCUCGGCCCGCUCCAGUGGCAGCAGCAGCAGUACCAGRGGCACUCGGCCCAGCAAGGCCCCAGAGCCUGUCCAGACCCAGCAGCCCUGCUCUCUCAAGGGCUCGUUCUCUUCUGACAACAUCUACGGUGGAGGCAUGGCCACACACGUAGGCCCAGGGCAAGGCUGGACGGUAUACCACCAAACGUCAGAGAGAGUGACCUAUAAAUCUAGUAGCAAACCACGCGCUAGAUUCCUCAGUGGACCCGUGUCUCUGUCCAUCUGGUCCACACUGAAACGACUAUGUCUAGGCAAAGAGCGCAGUAGUAGGUCUUCUCACGGCGCCAGUGCAACUCAGACGGCAUCCAAUCAGCAACAGCCACCAGCUGUUCCCAAUCCUUUGCCAUCUCCUCAACCAAUGACGGUGCUAGCUCAGGCCCAGGCAAACAACAGCAACAACAAGAAGCCAGGCACUUUCACGGACGACCUGCACAAGCUGGUAGAUGAUUGGACGAAGGAGACGCUGGCGGCCACACAGCCGCGGCCCUCUCUGAACCAGAUCAAACAGCAGAGACGCAUGCAGGACCUGGAGGGGCAAGCCACGCCCCUGGGAGGAGCCACGCAGGAGGUGAGAUGUCCCAUCCCUCCAAACAAGUUCCAGCUGCCUUUGUCGUGCCCGCUGACAGCUGCUUUAGGCCCAGCCAUGCCCACUGCCCUGAGCUCCAACCCCUCUGCCAUGCUCCAGCCCGGGUACAUGGUACCAGCAGGCCCCUACGGAGGGGUGGUGCCCGGCCCCCUAUACCCCCAGCAGUGGUCUGGUAUGCCCAGCCCUGUGGGGAUGAUGGGGGCAGCGGGAGGAAUGCCCUACCCCACCAUGGCCAACCCAGGGGUGCAGGCCUACCCCCUGACCCUGCACAGCCCUGAGAACGUCCCCAACACCAGGACUACCUAACGUGACAACUAGCACCUCCCUGCACCCACUAAACCCCCAUCUUUCCCCAUCGCCCCUGACGCUCAACACAGACUGCCCCCAGAUGUUCCCCUUUAUCCCAGCACACUCACAUCAGGACUGCCUGACUAACAGGUUUUAACUAAUCCUGUGUUGCUAACCUAACUCCACUCUGUCCCCCCUGGUUCUCACUCCAGGAUUACAAUUGUAACGAAAUCAAACUCUUAAAAAGUUUUAAUAGAGUGAUGGGCUGAAAAAUAGAGUAAAGUAGGGCCCACACAAUUAAAUGCUCCAACAAAUGGCUUAUGGARCAUUCCACCUCAAAGCACAAGAAAGAUGAUUGACACCCACCAUCUGAUUGUGUUGAAAUAUUUUCUGUAGUUAGAAACCGAUAAUAUUAGCAUUCCUGAAAAUGUUUGUUGAGAUAUAAUUUGAACUCUGAGAAAUUAAGCUAAUUGCACAAAAUGUGCCAUUUUAAUUUAUAUGAUUCAUAUAAUCUUCAAUAAAUAUAGUACCUAACAUCRGAUUUGGACCAUAAUUCUUCAUGACAAUUAGUAAGACAUGGUAUCCAAUAAUAUGAUCAAAAGCCACCCUUUUCACAGAAAUUAGCCUUUUGAAGUCUCUUGCAUAAUUUGAAUUUUAUAUUCCUUUUUUUACAUUUAACCUUCACUUAACGAGUCAGUUAAGAASAAAGUCUUAUUUACAUUGACGGCCUACUGGGGAACAGUGGGUUAACUGCCUUGUUCAGGGGCAGACAGACAGAUUUUU